CUAUUUUUAGAUUGAUCUGGUGUCGGACAUUGGCAACUCAUUCAUGAACGAAUUGACCACAUGAAUAGGGACCCUGCUGGAAUAGCUGUUUGGUCUGGUUAAGCGUGAGCCACUAACUCUAGUGAUUUAGGGGUCUAAUUAUAUUUUUCCCCUGCUCUUGUAACACUGCGCAGAAGGUUCUUUUUGAGGGAGAAGUCCGGGCCGAAUGCAGAGGAUUUGGAACCCGUUUAGAGCUUCUUCUGUAACCUUUGGUAUUCAGUAGUACUAUAUCUUUAAUUAUUGGAUUUUGGUUGGUUUUCGUUAGUGGAUCAUGCCGCUUUCGACGAUUGCAGGGUUUACGGAGGAGUCUACCCGACAGUGUCGGGAGUUGGUGGGAUUCUGGAGAAGGAGACAGGAGAUCGAGCAAGAGUAUGGGAUGGCGCUUGCGGAGCUAUGUCAAGGCUACCACCGAUCGGCCUGGGAAGGCAUGCGGCCACAUUCUUACACAGCAUCAGUCCACCAAUCCCCCGGUGCCCCUACCUCAGUUCGAUCCCAACUCUUGAGCAUGAGCUUAUGGACUGCCGUCUUUGAUGCAGCUGACCAACUGAACUCUCUCGCGGAAGCUCACAUACAAGUGGCCAACCAGCUACAACGCACAGUGAUUGACCCAAUGCAAGGACAUAUCCGGGAGAUGGAGGCCAUGCGCAAAGCACACCUUGACCAGGGUAGAGCACUGACGAGACAAUUGCAAGACACAUACACCGACUUUCGGCGGGCAAAACAAGAGUAUGAUAGCGCUCAGACAGCGGCGAGCGAAAUGGUGGAUAGUUUGAGUAAGGCUCAGUUGAGGGCGGAUAAAAAGAGGGAUUUGGAGAAGCUGCAAAUCAAGGCUGCAGGGGCUAUUGAGCGAGUAUCGGUUGCCGCGGAGGGAUUAAGAAAAUCAGAGGAAAAGCGCUCAACAGCACAGCAGGUUUAUUAUGAACAAAUGAUGCCUGCGUUGGAAAACGAAGUCAGAAUGUACGAAGAAAAGCGGCUCUCUCUCAUACGAAAAGCUAUGAACGAUGUUGCCUCUCUAGACUGCAUUGACAUUGAGUCCCGCGGCGCCGUCCUUCGCUCUGUCCAAGACCUCAUGUCCAGUAUCGACACCCAAAAGGAUAUUGUUAUAUUUGAACAAAACCACAUAGGCAGAGCAGAACGGGUGGAUUUCAACACUGUUUCAGUUCGAAGUUUAUUGAACCCGCUCAAGGCUGGGCGAGUGUACAUUAAACGAGGGGACACAGUCAGUGGCUGGACAACCAAUUACUUUGUCAUAAUGGACGAUGGGAUAUUAUACUGUUUCGAUCACGAAGAUUCCGAGUCACCUAGAGAGGUAGUGACGCUGUCAAGGGGACAGGUGUGGUCUCUUGACGACAGUUACUUUGGCCGAGCGAACUGUUUUCAGUUGAUUUUGGACUGGAGCGAGGAGGGUGCGACUUCCACUAGUGGCCGAAUAACCUACAACCUGAUUGCAGAAUCCGCCAAUGACAAGCAUGAAUGGAUGCAGACGUUUCGCAAAUUCUGCUCAUGCUGUCCUAAAUGUGCUGCAGUCUACGGUAAAAGCCUCAACGGUGUGGAAUCACCCAAACAAGACGGAACCAACGUCCGGUCCAUGCGGCUGUGGGUAAUGGAAGCCAAGGAUCUCAAAUCGAGCAGCACGGGACUUGUAAAGAGCAUCAAUCCCUAUUGUGUUGUUCUAUUCAACGAUGUGAAACAGGCGAGGACGGGGAUACGGAAUGAGGAGAGUCCUUUCUGGGGAGAGGAGUUUCGGUUCAGCGACAUUCCGCCCUGUCGAUCGAGGCUGAGAUUACUCUUCUUCAACGGCGCUACAAUGAAGCUGCAAAAGGAUUCCGAAAUUGGUUACGUGAGUAUCAACCUCUCCACCCUCAAGACUGGCAAAAAGGUCGAAGAAUGGUACCAAAUCCGCCCAUUCGCACGAGCCAGCGACAACGCAAACUCUCCCGUGGGAGCCGUUCGAAUCGCUUACAUCCUUUCCAAUGACCAAUCUCUGCCCAUUGCCCUUUACGAAGAGUUUUUGCAGAUUGUAACAGAACCCAGUUUGACAUGUGUCAGGUUCUUGGGAGGGAUAUUAACGCAGCAAAGAGAGGAGUUUGCCAAAACUGUUUUAAACAUUCUGAUUGCGCAUAAUAGAGAUGUGGAGGGCGUCAAGUGUUUGACAAAGGACGAGAUUGUAGCUACAGAUGACCCAAACAUCAUUUUCCGGGGUAAUUCUGUCGCCACCAAACUACUCGAUCAGUAUAUGAAGUUGGUUGGUCAAGAAUAUCUCCAUCAGACGCUUCAAUCCCUCAUCCGCGGUGUCUACACUUCGAAAGAGAGCUGCGAGGUCGAUCCUGCUCGUCUUCCACAAGGCAAAGAAACCGAGCUACUGAAACGGAAUUGGAAGCGCCUCCUAAAUCACGUCACGAUCUUUUGGGAAGCCAUUCAACGCUCCGCUAACAAUUGUCCCAUCGAGCUGGUUGCUGUCUUUUCGGACAUGGCCCAAACUGCCGGCACAAAGUUUUCAGAACCCAAAAUCAAGUAUGCUGCUGUGAGCGGAUUCAUCUUUCUUCGGUUCUUUUGUCCGGCUAUUUUGUCUCCCAAGCUGUUUGGAAUUAUGAAUGAUCACCCCGAUGCAUCUACAGCACGAACAUUGACUCUAAUUGCAAAGAUUCUGCAAAAUCUGGCCAAUUUGAGCGAAUUCGAGGGAAAGGAGCCCCACAUGGCGCCGUGCAACAACUGGAUUGCGACACAUGUCGACGCCAUGAAAGGGUUUAUUGAGCAGGUCUCAACACCACCUGAUGGAAUGGGUCGACCGCCCUGUCCUAAACCUCGAGUUGAUCUCAGGAGAGAAAGCGCUGUAUUGCACCAAUGCAUUAGCGAAAAAUGGGAUGACAUUAAAGCGAGCAUCGAGGCAUUGGCCACCCCAGAAGAUGUGGAAAAGAAAGCAAAGUUAACAAGUUUGAUUCCGAUCAUGGAAAAACUCAAUGUUGCUGCCCAAGAGCAGGCAAGCCAGCGGGGACCCAAUGGGGAAAGUGAAUUGGUACCAGUGUUGCCACCUGUCACUGCCACAACGCUGGCGGAGGAAGCCGACCCUGCGUUUGAAGCCUACACCAGGUCAAGAGGGCUGAGCGUAUACGGAGAACCUCCAGUGUUCGACGAUGAGGCAAAGCGACGAGGGAGUGGCGGGAAUGAAGGAUCAAUGCCAGAUGCUCUCGAUUCUGGCCAACUCGGGUCAGGCCAACUCGGUUCAGGCCAACUCGGUUCAGGCCAAUUGGCACCGCCACCACCACCGCAAGCACCUGUCCCAUCGACACAAUUAGCGUUACGAAUGAUACCAACACACAUUGGCUCUGCUGCGCCAACUCUCGUCGCCCCGUCGCCCAUGUCAAUGGCGGGACAUUUUGACAUUGGACACAUCCCACCUGCACCUCCGAUCCCACCGAUACCCGACUCUGCUCGCAACCAGUCACGUCCCAGCCCGCUGCGCAAACCCAAAGCCAUUGUGGGUACCCCACAAGCCGUGGACCACAUUAAAGAUUUCGUCCGCGGGCUUGGCAGCGGAAGCACCAAUUCCUCGGGACCCGUGUCAUCGAAUGCGGCACAGGCGACAAUGUACCCAUUCAGUAUGCAGGACGGACUCUUGUCUAAUGCCAUUGCCGCUGUGGAUGAUGACGAUGAAGACGCCUUUGUUUUGGCACCCAUGAGCCCUUUAGUUACCCCUCAAGAGGAGAAACAAAAGAGGAGAAUCAGCUGGGGGCGCAUGGUAGGGUCACGACGUGAAGGUAGUAUUGGAAGUGACGUAGGGACUCCUGUCGGGUCUGUUCGCGCCCAACCUGAGCAUAUGAAUGCUCCGUCCCCAAUGGUGGUGCCUACGCCACUUUCUACUACUCAACGUUCUCAACGUCCCCCAACCGUGACAACUCCUGGGACAAUACCACGGAUAACGACUACCCCACCACCGCCACCUACUAACAAAGAGCAGCCGGCUGCAGCACCUCCUACUCCAGCUAGUCAACAAGAAACACCCAAAUCUCCUACCAAACCAGCAAAGUCCCCGACCAAGAAGGGUUAUGGGUUUUUGGCGCGAACCAACAAGGUUGGAACAACUCUCCGCAACAUUCUCACAGGACGAGACUCUUCCAAGCACUCCCAUUCCAAAUCUGGGGAUAAUCUGACACUUGGAAGUCAUCCCCUUAGUCCGGUACAUGGCUCAUCGUCGUCUAGUAGUCAUUACGGCACCAUCUCAUCCGGCAGCAAAGACACGCGAACCCACCGAUCGGCCACAAACCUGUUUCGCAAAAAGGGUUCAGCCACAAGCAUUGAGUGUGUGUCUCCUCCUAUGGGUUCACAUGAUCCACUUGACGAGGAGUCGAUGCAUCGGGAGAGACAGCAGCCGUCGUGGCAUGCUGCAGAGGAAAGAAGGCGUGUGCCCAUGCCCAUGUCGCUCCCGAGUGGUGGAUUCAUGAGAGGCCUGUAGUGUACACAACGAUGCUGCUGCUGUGUGUGCUUUUUGAGAGCAAAUGUAUUUUCUGUUCUGCUUCCUUGUUUAAUAAACUUGCUUGCCAAUCGCCAAUGGCCCCGU